UCUUCGACUCGGACUCGACGCUGAGCGCGAGUGCGCGCACGGGCACGCUCUCACGGGCACGCCGCCUGAGAGAAAAAGAGAAAGCGUGAGAGAGUCGAGGAGCGUGUGCGGCGGCCCCGCGCUUAUAAUGGCUGCCGGGAAAAGCAGAGUAGAGGAAAAUCAGCUACAUUGGGAAUAACGUCGUGCACAGGUGAGGAAGAAGAGGAUGGUGAGCAGUCAAGCCAAGUACGAGCUGAUCCAGGAGGUGGGCCGGGGCAGUUACGGAGUGGUUUACGAGGCGGCUGUACGGCAGACCGGUGCUCGUGUGGCUGUGAAGAAGAUCCGCUGUCACUCCCCGGAGAACGUGGAGCUGGCCUUGAGGGAGUUCUGGGCCCUCAGCAGCAUCCAGAGCCAGCAUCCCAACGUCAUCCACCUGGAGGAAUGCAUUCUCCAGAGAGACAGCCUCGCCCAGCGCAUGAGCCACGGCUCCAGCUCCUCGCUCUAUCUGGAAUUGGUGGAGACCUCCCUGAAAGGUGAGAUCACAUUUGACCCCCACUGCGCCUACUACCUGUGGUUCGUCAUGGACUUCUGCGAUGGUGGAGACAUGAACGCCUAUCUCUUGUCCCGCAAACCCAGCCGCAAGACCAACACCAGCUUCAUGCUGCAACUGGGCAGCGCUCUUGCCUUCCUGCAUCGCAACCAGAUCAUCCACCGAGACCUCAAACCCGACAACAUUCUCAUCUCGCAGGGCAGAACCCCUGCCGGGUCCCCCGAACCCACCCUGAAGGUGGCCGACUUUGGCCUCAGCAAGGUCUGCUCCUGUUCGGGCUUGAACCCUGAAGAACCGGCAAGCGUCAACAAGUGUUUCUUGUCCACAGCUUGUGGGACGGACUUCUACAUGGCCCCCGAGGUCUGGGAGGGCCACUACACCGCAAAGGCUGAUAUUUUUGCUUUGGGGGUCAUCAUAUGGGCCAUGGUGGAACGGAUUACAUUUGUGGAUGUAGAGACUCAGAAGGAGCUCUUAGGGAGCUACGUACAGCAGGGGGAGGAUAUAGUCCCAUUGGGGGAGGCUCUGCUGGAGAACCCCAAGAUGGAGCUCCACAUCCCGGCUCGGAAGAAGAGCAUGAACGCUGGCAUGAAGCAGCUGAUUCGAGAGAUGCUGUCCGCCAAUCCACAGGAGCGACCCGACGCUGUUGAGCUGGAGCUCAGGUUGGUUCGGAUCGCAUGCAGGGAACUCGAUUGGGAUACGUGAAAGGACAACAUCUUGGAGAUUGGGUAAACUUCUAGGACAAUGGGCUUGGAGCUUGAAGUGAGAACACAUUGUUUGGCCUUGUCCCAAAUGGCAUUGACCCAAUGGUCUUGUGGUCUUCCUUUGGGAUUGUCUGUGAAAUCCAUAAGACCGUAGGAGAGGGUUCUCGAACCCUGCUCCUGGAGAGAUACCAUCCUGCAGACUUCAUCCCCAAGCCUGCUCCCACACACCUACCUGUAAUUUUUAAGUAACCCUGAACACUUUGAGUAGCUGGUUCUGGUGCGUUCGAUUGGGGUUGGAGCUCUGCAGGACGGUAGCUCUGGGGUUGGAGAUAUUUGCCAGAGGGUUUCCCAGUGGGGAAUUCAGUUUAGGCUCCAUUUGCUGAUCCCACAAUUACCUGUGCUACAAAGUAUAGACUUUGUUGAGGGAUACCGCAUAGGCUGGUGGUGCCGUUUGGGACAGGGCCUUUGGAUUGGGUUUUUAGUGGGUGUUUGCACUGGUCCUUGUUUUUUUUUUCAUGAUAUUCUUACAGUUUAUUACAACUGAUUCAUUGAUGAUAAACAGCCAUUUAACAUGUUAAAUGCUUAUUACUGUCUCACCUGUUCACAAGCACAUUGGGACUUUCAUCAGCAAGAGUCCAGAUGGGCUUCAGGGGGUUUCAUUGAUUGGGGGGGGGGGGGCAUCAGGUAUCCACCUUCCAUUGACCAUAAACCACAUCGACCCAGAUAAACACACAGGUCCACAGAAUUACCAGAACAUUCCAGCACCAAGACGUCAGAUAGCAUGUAGAUUAGGGCUGGGCUAAAAAUAUACAUUUGUAAAAUAUUUUGGCUAAAUGAAAAAUGUUUUUACUUUGGUGUCUGAUUUACUUUCUUUGCUCAUGAAUUGGAAGAAAGCAUGCAAAAGUGAUCUACUGGCAUGACUUUAAUGGCUAGAAAAACGGCGUUAAGACUCGAUAUUCAUCAUGUUUUAUGUCACUAACAACAUAAUAAUGAAUAUAUUGUAUAUAUUCAAGUUAACGCCCAGCCCUGAUGUAGUUUUAAUGCAGCACAGCAAAAAGACUCAUGGCUUUCAUCUUUCUUGGGAACUCUUUAGUUCUCUAUGAGAGCUACUCUCAUCACACUCCUGGUGCUAAUUCAACUUGUAAUGCAAAGUGGAAAACAUGCAGCAAAUAAUGGCUUUUUUUUUUUUUUUUUUUACAGCCACCUAGAUUUUUUUUCAGUCAAUUUAGGAGCUUUUUACAACAGGAUUCAUUUUUUUUUUUUUUUUCUGUGCUUCACACACAAAAGGGCUUCAGGGAGUUGUAUUUCUAUCACUCAAUUUAAAAAAAAAAAAUACUUUUCUACAAAAACCAUCAAGGCAAUAGUUUAUAUUUUGACAAGAUAUUCGGUCAAUUACUCUGUAAUAAUGUCAUCCUGCUGAACAGGUGAAAUUUGAAUAAUCAGUGAAUAGUACGUGUUUUAAUAAAAAAAACAUGAGUGCAUUGCAGAUUAAGUUUCAAGGCACUUCAGACAGUAUCUCAUAAACAGACAUAUUCUGUCUUUACCUCUUGCUGGACACUGAUUUUGGCACUAAAGUCUGCUGUGUGUGUGUAUGUGUGAACUAUGUGUGUCCAUUUCGGAGCACCAGGUGUAAAGAGAUUCGACAAACGAAAGCCUUGAUUUGAGGAGCUGAGUUUUCUUCUCUCUGGAUUGUGGCUUAAUUAAAUCCUAUCAGAUUCAAAAAGAGGCAAGCUGGCACUUUCAACAAAGAGAGUGUAAAAUGCAACCUAGGCUCGUUGGAAAUGCGUGCCUCUACAUACAUUUCUGCAAAACUGAAAAAAAAAAAAACGUACCUAUAUGUACGAUUCACUGCAGUUUCCAGUUAAAAUGAACACUAGAGGCAGUAAAACUCAGACAACUUUUAUUCCUUUUCACACAAAGUAUGAUUUACAGGUACAGUUUAUUAAUAAAGGCUAAUUUUCACACAAUUACUUGCUGAAUGUUAUGUAAUGACAUCCUGCACGAUUUGAAAACUGAUAUUUUUGAACGUUCAACAAAACAGCUCAAAUCUGCAUAACGAAGUUAAAAUAGCAUGACUGCAUCAGCGAAUACGCAUUUAACACUAUCAGGUAGGUUUGGGUUUGGUGUAGGGGAUAUUUCCAACAUGAUAGUAUUAAUCUUUAGCGACGCUCACUGGAUAUUUGAAUUCUGAACGAACGCAAAACAUACCUCAAGCAGCAUAAUAAAAGCGCUGCAAUCCGUGCCUGAACCAACGUAAUAAAAACGUGUCACGGUCACGUAUUAAACGUGUGUUUAAGCGCCACUCUCUGGACAUUUCACUUUGAAACUGCCGCGAAACGUGCAGUAAGGUACAUAAUUACGGUGUUGCAGAAAUGUAUGUAGAGGCACAUAUUUCCAAUGAGCCUGGGUUGGUAAAAUGGGAAUGAACAAUUACGGUCCUUUUUUUGUAAUGUACAUUUUUAUUAUUGUUGCAAUUUUUGCAAUCCCCUUACCAAAAUUCUGGACAUGCCAAACAGGUUAAACCUUGAUCAACAGGUUUGAAUGGUUAAUUGAAUGCAGUAAACACUGCGAUUUGUGUAAAUAAUUGAGAAAAUGGAAUGGGAUUUACUUUCUGCCAUGCUGGCAAACUUUAACUUCUUUUGAUGAAUUUUGAAAGAAAAUAUUUUGAAGAAUGUGGGUAUUUAAGUAAUUCAUGGUCCCCAUUGACUUGACUUGCAUAGUAUUUUUUUCCAUGUUAUCAAAGUCAAUGGGGACCAACAACUGUUUGGUUACCAACUUUCUUCAAAAUCUCUUUUUUUUUGUUUGUUCAGCAGAAGAACGAAAUUCAUCGAGGUUUGGAACAAAGUGGGGAGUAAAUGUUGGAAUUUUCAUUUUUGGGUGAACUGUCCAUUUAAGAGUGUUUUAAUAAUUGUUUGAAACAAAGUAACAUCAUUUGUACCUGUUUGUUGAAAGUACCAGCUGCUCUUUCAGACAGCACAAUGACUCCAUCUUUAGCUUUAUAGCUUUAUAACUUUGACUGACUGAUCGAAGAAUUCACUUAAACAUUGAUUUGAAUUCAUAUGGAAUAGAGAUGCUUUACACCUAAUGAUCCUCAUAUGAAUGCUCAGAACAACUAGCCUCGAUUAAACACACGAAACCUCACGUAUUAGCACAGAGAGAGUUACUUACGCACUACAACAAACGCCAGUGUACUAAUGCAUGCAACACCUCUCACCUUCAGGGAAAAGUGUACAGGGAGUGUGAACGGAUAAAAACGUUGAUGCUAACACACACACACACACAACCGUAAGCCUCUGUGAGUCGGGGAUCUCACGUCUUUGACACACGAUACCAGCGAGCCGAAUUUGAUCUCCACUUCACUGUAUCAUUUUUGCCUGGAAUCCCAGAGUGCCGAAUCUUACCGGUAAUCCCUUCCGCCACGCUCUCUCGACAGACUAACGCUAAGCCUGUUACGUUCCCGAGGAAUUAGGCGAAGAAAGCAUUCUCUGGGACAGAAACGGCCAUUCAGGUCAACGUUUUGUACGAUUUUACAGGCACUUCAGACAUGAGCCCUCGUGGCAGCAGUACCUCUGUCCCUUUAAACGCAGCACACGUCUUUUUCCUAAGCGACAAGCGAAGGCAUUAAUAUUUAAUGCUGUGUGUAUCCAUACUUUUUUUCACCUUGUCAAGUGGGGCAUGCUGUAAAUGCCAGAACCAGCAAGAUUUAAUUCUAAGCAAUGGCUUAAAUCAUCCGUCUCAAAGAUUUUUUUCCCCCUUUUGUGGAAGCUUCUCUACCAACUGUGGUAUUAUGCUAUAAUCCACAUUAUCGCAAGAAUAAAGGAUAAAAGGAUUAUUUUCAAACAGCCACUACUUCCUAAUCGCCCAAAUAUUGUUUAAUCUUCCUUUCCUUUUAGAUUAACAUAAUUUAUGCCUUAUUUUUAAAUCCUAUUGCCCUCAUGAGCACUUGAUCGGGCCGUGUGUUUCCUGAAGUUCUCAAAGGACAGAGCUAUGUUUGCCUGACAAGCACUUGGUUGUGAUGGUUAGAGAUGAUUCUGUAUCAUAAUUGUUGCUGUUUGUCAGUAUUAAUAAGCGAACUUCAUGGAUGGGGUCUAUGUGUUGUCAACUUGAGUACUGAAUUGUGAAGCCGACAUGCAGAUGAAUGUCAUUGGAAUGUAAGACCGUGGCCCGAUGGAAACAUUGUGGGGAGAAAAGCUACGUUCACAUCGCAGUUGCACGUGUCCCAAACCUGAUUUGAGACCGAUUCUGUUUUUGGAUGAGUGUGAACGGCAAAAAUCCCAUUGAGUCAAAAAUGUUUGGACACAAGUCACAGCUAAUGUAUUUAAUAUUACUGUAUUAGAGACAAAAGGCAAGUCUGUGUGUAUGUAUGUGUGUGUGUGUGUGUGUGUGUGUGUAUAUAUAUGUAUGUGCGCGCAUUUUUUAAUUUGAUUUUUUUCUUUUUUUUUUUUACAAAAUGAGAUUGAAGACAUUAUACAGUAAAUGAGAAGGUGUCCUUUUAUUAGGCUAUUGCUGCACGUUUCUCUGAAAUUGAAAUAUAACAAAACUAAAUAGAAAAUUUACAACAAACCCCGAAUCAAAUAAGCAAGUUACACAAAAUAAAAUAAAUCUCUUCAUAUAAACAAACUAAGGCUUUGUUUGUUCACUUUCAGGAGCCACUGCAUUUUAAUCGUCAUCCAAACAAAGAUGCAGCAUGAGCAGUUAAUCUAAAUUAGAUUGAAUAAUUUCACAUUUUGAAGCAAAAACAGAAUGGUGUGACUUUAGUUUUGUGAAACAAUACUACAUGAUACUGAAUGAGACGCAGGUUCACUCUCUGCCAGCAGGUGGCGCUUAUGAACAGCAAUGAUAGUGUUUCCUAGGCUACUGCUGUAAACAAAGCAGCACUUAUGAACACUACUUCAUUAUGCAUCGUUCAGAGGCAAGAUGAAAAGAAAAUACCACGUAAACUUUUCUAAAGACAAUCCGUUCCCCUCAGAGAUGCAUUCAUGUGUAAUUUCAUAAAAUAAUUGAAUACGAUGCCACAUUUUAUUAAAAAGCUCUGGCAACCAUCUGAUUUCAGCAGAAAGUUGUGUUUGGGCGCUGUAUCUUGCAAUGUGAACGGGCUUAUUUAAAAGAACGAACAACCCAAAUGUGUUUUAUAGAUGUACCUACUUGAACUUGACUUGAGUUUUCCCUUCCUGACUAAUAAAAGCUGACCCAAAAUAAUGGUUUCUCUCAGCAAGCGUCUUUGCUCUUCUGUACAUACUGUACAUGAACGACUUCUGGUGGUCUGGAUGAUUGCUGGGUUUGUGUCGUGUGCUGGGCUGAUGUUGUAAGUGUGCUGACAUGAUUACAGCCCUCUGUGUGUUUCUGUGCUGUUUCAGUGUGUCUCAUACGAUGAUCUGAUAUACUGAUAUGAAAGGUGAACGUCUUGUGUGUGUGUGUGUGUGUGUGUUGAAAUUGGGAGCACAACUGUAUUUGAAUUUUGUAACAAAGAAAAUCUGGUUUCAAAGAAGCACUAUGAAAUAUUUCCCACAGUGCCGUGCUCACAGAUCCCCCUCUGACAGCCUGACCUGAUUUCCGAUCAACUGCUGGGAACUUGGUGGUGAUGCACUGUGACUUGAAAAGUGCUUUUUAUUUGACUUCUUUUUUUUUUCACAGAUGCUUUGUGUUCUUGUAAAGUAUUUUGAGAUGAACAGAAUUUCAUGAGAGGGGAUCUUCUAAGUGAAUGUGUAAUUUAUUGUUGGGGGUUGGCUUUAUUAAUAAAACUUUUACUUGAA